UUUUUCUCUUCCACUUUAUUUCUCACUUUCUCCUCAAUCUUAAUUUUUUUUCUUUAAAGGAGUGAGUCCGAUCCUAACAAUAUAGUAAGGACUAGUGCUAAUCAUAUUAAAGUGAGGAUGUUAAAGUCUACCAAAAAAUAAAAAAGUAAACGAAACAAAUUCAACGUCAAAUUUGUAUGCGUGUUGUGCUGAAGGAUGGUACCUUGAUAGGCAGUUCUUUGUCCCUAGAACAUCUCGACGAGGGUGAAUUUCUGUAAGAGGGGAGAACAAAGAGGGGAGAACAAAAGUGAGACGAGUUAUGUCUCAAACGCAAGUGGAACGUACCAUCCAAGUCGGGUACGACGCGGUUGUUGUUGGAUCUGGCUAUGGAGGAUCGAUUGCUGCAUAUCGACUCGCAGAAGCAGGAAUCCGUGUGUGCAUUCUCGAGAAAGGAAGACGAUGGGAGCCUCACCAGUUUCCAGCAACGCCCUGGAAAUUGCUUUCCAGCACGCGUUUUCUUACUCCAUUUGGAAGCAUUGGGAAGAAGGAUGCACUCUAUGAGGUGCACAGCCACGGAGACUCUGUCGCUCUAGUUGGGUCAGGACUGGGAGGAGGCUCGCUAGUGAAUGCUGGAAUUAUCGUGCCCACACCGAAAAGAGCACGAAUGCAUCCAAACUGGCCAAGCGAGUGGCAGGAAGACUGGGAUCUAUACGAAGCAAAAUCUCACAGCAUUCUGGAGCCUGAAGAAAUCCUGCACGAGGCUCCAAAAUCAAAAGUGCUAGACAAAAUUGCAAACGAGAUAGAGGACGCAGCAAGAGAUUCCAUGAAGUUGACAAUAAGUUUCAAUCAGAAGAAGAAUGCUGCUGGAGUUACACAAAACGAAUGCAUUUCAUGCGGUAACUGUCUAUCAGGAUGCAGGUACAACGCAAAGAGCUCAACAGACAAAAAUUACCUCGAACUAGCCGCACAGGCCGGAGCCAGAAUUUGCACGCAGACGGAAGUGAUGUUCAUCACCGAGAACUCAGAAGAAUUCUGUUGUCAACCCUGCAAUGAUGGAGCAAAUUGCAAAUCAGUAGCUACAAGAAGAUGGCGUGUGCACCUGAAUGAAGUGGAUUAUAUUUCGGCAGACUACAUCAUCGUAGCCGCUGGUGUUCUUGGCACGAAUGGGAUCCUCUUACGAUCAAAAGAGCGAGGCCUACAACUGUCCCAACAGUUGGGAUACGGAGUUAGCUGCAAUGGAAAUAAUAUAGCUUACAUAACAGGCACAGCCGCACAGACUCAAGCUCAAGGACUUCGAGAAGAAGAUUUCUCAAGGACUCCCAUGCAGCUACGUCCUGGUCCAGUCAUAUCAAGUUCACAUACAUCAUCACUUGGCUUUACAAUACAGGGCUCUUGUAUUCCUCAAGCUGCUCCAGAAUUUCUACUAAGGGGAGUCAUUACUUAUGGCCUAGGGGACUACGGGUUUCUCACUGGUAUCUGGGAACAAGUCAAACAAUGGACAGGAACGCAGAACAGCCAAGCUCUGGUAUUGAAUAUGAUGGGAUAUGACGCUGCUGACGGGCAAAUCAAGCUAGACAAGGUAACAGGAAGAGUGGCAUACAGUGCAGCGAAGGACUUACUUUUUCAUCAUAAGCUUCGGACCGCUGAAAAGUUGGCAGCUCGCCUUCGUGGGAAGCUGUACAUGAGUCGCUUCAGAAGUGCUGCCGUUCAUCUUUUGGGAGGUUGCAACGCAGCAACAGACUCAUCCACCGGCGUGGCAAACGCAAACGGCCAGAUUUUCUUCCCUGAGACGAGCAACGGUCAGUUCAGGAAGACAACAAAAGUUCACGCAGGCCUGUACGUUUGCGACGCCUCUUUGAUUCCAUGCUCAGUUGGACUGAAUCCGGUCAGCACGAUCUCAAUAGUGGCAGAGAGAGUUGCGAAUGGCAUUGUCAACGAUGCGCAGAACUACCUGUCACAAAAGUUUCAGCACAAAGUAUUUACUGGCGAUCUUAGUAAUUUAAAAUCAAGAACAUACCUCAACUCGCGACUUGCUUCCGAAAUGCAGUGCAGCUAUGUCAUUAUCCACGAAAAAUUGAAAGGAAAUAUUGGAGGAGCUCCUUGCACACUGCGACUGGUGAUGCAUAUGGGACAAGACAAAGAUACGCCUGCAAGCAAUCGUUUGUUUGGAGAUAGUCAUCCUCUCCUGCGUGGAUAUGUUGGAGGCGAUGUUCUUAUUCCUUCGCUGGAACCAGGUCCUCUAUAUGUGGUUGACGGAUACGUAAAUAUGUGCCAUGUCGAUGGAAAAACUCCUUUCACUCAGUAUAUGCAUUAUCACCUGCUUCUGUCAACAAACACGGGCACCAGGUAUACUUUGGACGGACGGAAAGAGAUGAGACCAUUCAUGAGCGGCUUAAAGUGCUUCUAUGAGUCGACCACGCUACAUGUCGUUGUUCGAACUCAGCAGGAGUCAUCAAAACCGGUUGUCCUGAAAGGAAAGUUGCGAGUAACUCUUCCCGAGUUACUUAAGUCGCUAAUAUCCUUGCGAGGACCAAGGAAGCGGGAGUUUGUAGGACGGCUGAUGGAAACACUUGCUAGGACGUACUUGAUGAGAACACCAAGGACACCAACAGAGAAGGUGACCAGGAAACAAAACUUGACAAACAACUAUCCAAACUACGUGCUUCACGAACUCGUGACAGAGGACGGUGUCCACAUUACCUGCAAGCAAUGGUGCUCAAAAGAUGCUGCGGAGAGCCACAACUCCAGAGUGGUUUUGUUGCUCAAUGGUUACUCCACGGAGAGCUUCUGCCUUCCUACGGAAAGUAAUGACAUCAUACGAACGCUGAUACAGAAUGAUUACGAACCUUGGCUGCUGCAAACACGUUUGCAUCCACUGCAUCCAGCAAAAUAUUCCUUCACUUUCGACGAUAUUGCUCACUUCGACAUUCCAUCUGCGUUUGCGAAGAUAAACCAAGUCAAGAAAAAGCAGAUAGCGGCACACGUUAUUGCUCACUGCAUAGGAGGACUAUCAAUUCACAUGAGCUUGAUGGGUGGACACAUACCUCCAUCGUCGAUCGCAUCGCUAGUUUGCACAAACUCGUCCAUGUUCUUCAACUUGGUUCCAUCAGCGCUCGUGAAGUUGACUCUGCCUCUCAUCCCUAUUUCUAUGAAAAUCCUGGGAAAGAACACCAUCGUGCCGAUAAGUCCUCCUAAAGAAGAAUCAAUGCCGUGGCGACACAGACUACUGCGCUCAAUCGCUCGAGCGAUACCACGCACUGAAAGCUGUCCCUGCGAUGAAUGCAAUGUUUUCUCAGGAAUUUUCGGCAGCACAUUCUGGCACCAAAACGUCGGGCUAGAAAUGCACGACUGGCUGAACAAGAAGGCAGUGCCAGUUCUUCCAAUGGCAGGAUUUCCACAUUUGCGAUCAAUCGCUCUAGCGGGACACAUAGUCGACAGUGAAGGAGAAGAGGAGACUUACAUGGCUCAUCCGGAGAGGCUAGCAGUCCACACCACGUAUAUCUCCGGCGGCCGCCCCAUUCUCGUCACUCCAGAGACCUCUCUCCGCGCGCACGGAUUCAUGAAGCGGCAUCACCCUGGAUUCAGCCACGCUCGAGUCGUGAUUCCAGAUUACGGACACUCUGACCUGUGGAUCGGAGAGCAUUCGCACGAGGACGUGUUCCCGCUGGUGCUGGAACGCCUAAAAUCCGCCGAGCGGAGCGAUCCGAGCGAUAAUCUGCAGAAGAACGCGAUAUUGCCGUGGGAGGAGCCACUGGCCGGCCACAAGAAAGCCGCUGGGAGGAGCGCCGUGGCCAUCCUGAUGGCGCUGCUCGCGAUCGCCAUGCUGUGCUUGCUUGCCCUGAUAAACCCUAGCUCUAGAAUUUGA